AUGGCCGCAGUCACCGAAACAUCUACCCCGGUGGUCCCCAUCGUGGACGAAAAGAUCACGCUGAAGGGUCUUGCGCGUGAACCUCUCAAGUCAAAUGGAAGUCUCGAUGCCUUUGAGUCUUUCGACGUGACUCCUGUCAUUGGACGAGAGUUCCCCAAUGCCAGCUUGAAGGACUUCCUGCGUGCACCCAACUCGGACGAUCUCCUCCGGGAGCUUUCCCUGACCAUCUCUCAACGCGGAGUCGUCUUCUUCCGCAAGCAAGAUGGUCUCGAUGAUGACCUGCAGAAGGAGCUCGUCCAGCGCCUCGGAGAGCUCUCAGGCAAGCCCAGUACCUCUGGGCUGCACAUCCACCCAGUAGCCAACUCCGGUCGCGAGCACAGCGUCAAGGACGACGAGAUCAGCGUCAUCAGUUCCGCUCAACGGAAAACUCUCUACAAAGAUCGCAACCUGCAAAAGCAGAGUGCUCGCAGAGAAUGGCACAGCGAUAUAACCUUCGAACCUAUCCCAAGCGAUUACACUCUCCUGCGCCUCACAGAGCUCCCAAGGACCGGCGGUGAUACCCUCUGGGCCUCAGGCUACGAAGUCUACGACCGCAUCUCAGAGCCGUAUCAGAAAUUCCUAGAAACCCUGACGGCGACAUAUGCACAGCCCCGCUUCAACGAGGUGGCCAAGAAUAACGAUUUCAAAAUCCACCCUGGUCCCCGUGGCGCACCCGAGAAUGUAGGCGAAGAGCUCAAAGCUCAACACCCUGUUAUUCGCACGAACCCUGUCACGGGCUGGAAGAGUGUUUUUGCAGUCGGCUCGCAUGUGCAGAAGAUUGAUGGCUUGUCUGAGGAGGAGAGCCGUCAUCUUCUUCAGUGGUUCAUUACUUUGAUUGUUGAGAAUCAUGAUCUGCAGGUUCGUCUUCGCUGGCAGAAUCCUAAUGAUCUCGCUAUCUGGGAUAACCGAUCGGUAUACCAUGCUGCGACGUGGGAUUAUGAGGAAAUUGGUCCUCGAACUGGACACCGUGCGGUUGGUCUUGGAGAGAGGCCUUAUUUGGACCCUAAGAGCAUUGGGCGACGGGAGGCUCUGGCUGCUGAUGAGUAG